AUGGCGGUUGCUGGGAGCCCGGGUCACAAAGUCCCUUCAGAAAAGGCUGGAGAGUUGGGCCGGCCGGCGACGAACGAGGAGGCUGUCUACUCUGUCAUCCCGAAGGCGCAAAAGGUCCAGAUCAUUAUGCUGGUGGCCUUCUCAGGCGUACUUUCGCCCCUCACCGGCUCUAUCUACUUACCUGCCCUCAACCAAAUUGCUGAGGACCUAAAAGUCAAGACAUCACUUGUCAAUCUCAGUAUCACCACGUACCAGAUUGUGCAGGGAAUCGCACCGUCGUUCAUCGGCACGCUUUCCGACGUCAAGGGCCGCCGCCCUGCGUAUGUGGUCACCUUCUCCAUAUAUCUCGUUGCCAACCUCGCCCUCGCCCUACAGAAUAGCUAUCCUGCACUCAUGGUACUGCGCUGCUUGCAGUCUGCAGGCAGCUCGGCCACCAUAGCCCUGGGCGCAGCAACAGUGUCAGAUCUGGUCACGAGAGCGGAGAGGGGUUCAUGGCUCGGAUACACUACCCUAGGGAUCUCGCUUGGCCCUGCGCUCGGCCCGGUCAUUGGCGGGCUGCUAAACGAAUAUUUGGACUGGCACUCGAUCUUUUGGUUCCUACUCAUCUUCAGUGCCAUCGUCACAAUCCUAAUGAUUGUUAUCCUCCCGGAGACAGGUCGGGCUGUCGUAGGCAACAAUACUAUACAGCCGCCGAAGUGGAACCUUAGCGUGUUGCAGUGGUGGCGGCUCAGGCACGGCAAGCCACUCAAUGGUGGCCAGGUCUACGCAGAGGACAGGUCUACGAUCAUGAAGCCGAGGAAAAGACCGAGUCCGCUGUCGUCACUGCUGAUCCUCACCGAGCGAGAGGGUGGCAUCACUCUGGGAUUCGGCGCCGUCUUCUUUGCCGGUUACUUUAUGGUGCUGACGACAUUGUCUGAGCAACUGACUGCCCGCUUCGGGUUCUCAUCGGCCAUCACCGGUCUCUGUUAUCUCCCCCUCGGCACAGGAUCCCUGCUGUCUCGAUUCCUGGCAGGUCGACUAUUUGAUUACAAUUUUCGACGGCACGCACGGCGCCUCGGCCUCUCACUCGAUCUGUCACGCCAGCAAAAGAUCGAAAUCUUCCCAAUCGAAAAGAUCAGGCUCGAGGUUUGCAUACCGUUAGUCUACAUCUCCUGUGGCACCGUGAUGGCCUAUGCCUGGACCAUGGAGUCGAAAUCCAGCCUCGCCGGGAUCGAGGUGUCUCUUUUCUUUCUAGGUCUGUUCUUCAGCGGGGCGCAGCAGGGCUUCAACACCUUGGUCGUGGAUACGCACGCAGAUAUCCCAGCUACGGCCACGGCGGCCAACAACCUAUUCCGGUGCCUGUUGAGUGCAGGGGCUGUGGCCGUGGCUCCUUUUAUGAUUGAGAAGAUAGGCAUCGGUUUCACUGGUGUCUUUAUCAGCGGUGUCUGGUUCUGCUUCAGCCCACUGCUCUGGCUGGUCCUGCUCAGGGGGAAGAAGUGGAGAGAGGAGAAAAGGGCGAGGCAGGAGAAGAAGGACGCAGAAAGAGAAAAGGCAGCAAAACAAACAGUAUAA